AUGUUAAAACACGUCCUACUAAUUUUUUUGCUUCCUGCAGGUAUCGGUACAGCUGUAAUAAGAGAGCUAUUCGACAAUGUUGCAGAAGCGCACCGUUCCAAUGUUACCGGUAAUUUUUCAUCACAGUUGGUGAAUGAAACAGUUGCAGAAGACAUUCCGCGGGCCGAAAAGAUCCUUGACUGGCGCUAUUUUAUGAAGAACGACGAAUCAGAAAAUAAAAUAUUACGUGUUCUGGCUUACGCAGCAUUGGGAUCUUUCGGUGUGGUUGCUCUGUUUUCUGCUGUCUGGUGCUGCUUGAUAUUUAUGGUGUGCUGCAAGUGUUUCAGGAACUUCUUGAACUGCGUAUCAGCCAUGAGAGGAGGGAAAGACAAAAAAUGGCACACUGGAAAGAGGCACAGACAUAGAAGGCACAAGCGAUUUACAGAAGAUGAUGAUAUGACUUCACUUAUACACACGGAUGAAGGAAGUUAUACCACUUAUAACAACUCGAGUGGUUACAUGAGCGGCAGAUCAACUGAUACGGGAAGUUCAUACACAAGUCGUAAGGCAUCGUCGGACUCUACAAAAUCAUCGUAUACAAGCUCUUUAGGUAGAUACAAAGGCACCAGCGGGCCAUCUUCACAAUCAGGAAGCAAGAGUUCGUACACCAGCGGGCCAUCUUCACAAUCAGGAAGCAAGAGUUCGUACUUCAGCGGGCCAUCUUCACAAUCAGGAAGCAAGAGUUCGUACUUCAGCGGGCCAUCUUCACAGUCAGGAAGCAAGAGUUCGUACACUAGCGGGCCAUCUUCACAAUCAGGAAGCAAGAGUUCGUACACUAGCGGGCCAUCUUCACUAUCAGGAAGCAAGAGUUCGUACACUAGCGGGCCAUCUUCACUAUCAACCGGUCAUCUAAAAAAUACAACUAAUUUACCAUAUAUAGGCAAUACCACUCGUACUCACCCAAAACAAAGUCUAGCUAUCGCAAGUAUACCCGGGAAACAAUAAAAAAUAAAACUAAGAAAUACUAGUUUGUGCUUGUCUCACGUAUUGGUGCUCAUCAUCCCAAGUAAAUAAAAAUAAAACACAAACGUUGAUUAAUCAGUAC